AUGAAUCGGGGUAUUGGAAUCCUGUAUCCGGCCUCGUAUUUUCAGAAUUCAAACUGGCUGUUUCAAGAAAGCAGUGGAACGAAAUGGACCACUGAGGAGAACAAGCAGUUCGAGAAUGCUUUGGCUUUGUAUGACAAGGAUACGCCUGAUCGGUGGCUGAAGGUGGCAGCCUUGAUUCCAGGCAAGACUGUAGGCGAUAUCAUCAAACAGUAUAGGGAAUUGGAGGAAGAUGUUAGCGAUAUAGAAGCAGGACUGAUCCCAAUUCCUGGAUAUAAUAGUGAUUCUUUCACGUUAGAGUUGGUAAGUAAUCAAGGGUAUGAUGGAUUGAAACAAUUCUAUAGUCCUGGAGGCAAGAGGGGCACAACCACUCGGCCUUCUGAGCAGGAAAGGAAGAAAGGUGUGCCAUGGACCGAGGAGGAGCACAGACAGUUUCUUUUGGGUCUUCAAAAGUAUGGUAAAGGGGAUUGGAGAAAUAUCUCCCGCAAUUAUGUGACCACUAGGACGCCGACUCAGGUGGCUAGCCAUGCUCAAAAGUACUUUAUCAGGCAAAGUACUGGAGGAAAGGAUAAGAGGAGAUCUAGUAUCCAUGAUAUCACGACUGUCAAUCUUCAAGAUGCCAAAUCUCCUUCACCAGAAAACAAAAGGCCGUCAUCUCCAGAUCAUUCAACCACAACCAUGCAAUCUCAGGCACAACCAAAAUCGGCUGGUAUGAUUAACGGGUUAUUUGACUGGAAAUCACAAAAUGAAGGAACAUCCACGGCUUUCAAUCCAGCAAAUGGCAAUUUGCUGAUGACACCUUUCUGUGGGAUAUCCUCAUAUGGAUCCAAGCUGCAGGAGCAAAAUCUGCUUGGAGGAACACUUCCAGGAUAUCAGUUCGGUCCUUACAAUUUGAUUUUUCCGAUGCAAUCAAUGCAGCAUCAAUAA